AUGGCUGCAGCUGCGCCUGAAAGAAUGAUUCCAUCCGGCGAUACUUUGAUCAAAUACGACAAUCCAAUUCUAGUAACGACCCGUCCAGAAAAAACGAAAGAAGCAUCUUCGAGCAAAGUAGGAACAUCCAUGUGCAAAGUGACCACUACAGUUCCUAGUGAAUUGAGAAAAGAAACCAUCGAAAUUCUGAAUGGAAUAUUACCACCAAAAGAAUGGGAAGAGGAAGGACAAAUUUGGAAACAACAGAUUUCAAGUACACCAGCCACGAGGCUGGAUGUGAUUAAUUUACAAGAACAAUUGGACAUGAAAUUGCAACAGAGGCAAGCCAGAGAAACUGGUAUAUGUAUUGUCAGAAGAGAGCUUUAUACUCAAUGUUUUGAUGAAAUUAUACGACAAGUCACGAUUAAUUGUGCUGAGCGCGGUUUAUUGCUCUUGAGAAUUCGCGAUGAAAUUCAAAUGACAAUGGCAGCUUACCAGACUUUGUAUCAAAGCAGUAUCGCUUUUGGAAUGCGCAAAGCUUUACAAGCUGAACAAGGAAAAGAAGAUUUAAUAUCUGCUGCAGAAGAACUGCGCCUGCAAAAAGCUGAUCUGGAAAAAACUUUAGCCGAACUAAAACAGAAAUUUGAUCAAGCCGAACGACGAGCUGCGGAAUUACGCGAGGCAGAAGAGAAAAAACAUAGUGAAGAAAUCAAUUUUUUGAAAAAAACGAAUCAACAACUUAAAACACAACUUGAGGGUAUCAUAGCUCCCAAAAAGUAAUUAGUGAGCGGUAAAGUAAUAAAUAUAAUUCAGAUUCAAAUAAAUGGCAAGACUUUUUUCUUUUAAAAUAAAUGUAUGUUUAUCUGCAUAAUUUUUCCUUACAAAUACACAUUUUUACGAUUAUAAAACGUAUAAAUAUUGCUUAGUAAAGAAUACAGAUGAUUUUUAUAAUAAAUAUAUUAGAUAAGUUUUUUUCUUCAAAACACGUCUAAUUCAACAAUAAAUUCUCAUUACACAUUCACCUCAUCUAUCAGUCACACGUAAAAAUUAUUGUGUGUUGAUAUCAUGUUUUAAACAAAUAAUUAUAUUAAUCUUUUUAGUCGCCAUUAUAUCAUUAAUUUUUUCAUAGAAAAAAAUACCUUAACUUAUGGAAUAAAACAAAUCUGCAUUUUCUACAUCAACGUUAUAAGAAAAGUAUGAUUUAUCAAUAUACAAUUGACAAAUAAAAAUUAUCGCCUUAAAAUACAUACUCUUUAAUUCGUUUUAUCUUGAGAUUCGGUCGACAAGCUAGCUAAUUAAUAUUAAUGUGUACAUCUGUAUACGUAUUAAAAUUAUUAACGAACUUUCUCACCAAAAUAAUGCGAUCGUUUUUUUUAUUAUACCCCAUUAAUUAUAAAUUAUUCUUUUAUAACGAUAAUUUAUUAUGUGCUUUAUAAA